AUGUUUGAGGAGCGGGAGGUGGAGAGGGAGAAGCUGCGGAAUGUGCUGAACGCGACGGUGAGCUCGCACGGAGGGGACGUGUUCUACUACCAGGGCCUGCAUGACAUCACCUCUGUGCUGCUGUUCACUGGCGGGGAGCGGCUGGCCCUGCUCAUGCUGCGGCGCCUCGUCACCUGCCACCUGCGAGACUGCACGCGGCCAAGUCUGGACGCGGUGCUGGAGCUGCUGGGCCUGCUGCUGCCAAUUCUGGCGGAGGUGGAUCGCCCGCUGCAUGCGCACAUCGAGGCAUCGGGCGUGCAGCCCUUCUUCGGCCUGUCCUGGUAUAUCACCUGGUUUGCGCACAACCUGCCGCACCUCGCGCAGACAGCCCGCCUGUUCGACCUCUUCCUCGCCUCCCACCCGCUCAUGCCCCUCUACGCCAGCGCAGCUGUCCUCAUCGCGUCGAGGAGGCGGAUCCUGAAGUGUGAGGAGGACCCGGCGGAGAUGCACCGGCUGCUGACCAACCUGCCGCCGCUGGAGAGCCUGACGGCUGAUGAGCUGGCGCAGCAGGCGGUGUCCAUUUACCGCCGCUGCCCGCCCAAGCAGCUGCUCAAACGCACGCGCAUGCGCAUGCUCACGUGCGCUCCCGCCGCUGCCACCGUGCUUGCAUCCUAA